AUGAGCAACCAAGUCUACGAGACCGAUGUCGAGCAGAAGGACCACCAGUUAAAUGUCGAUGUCGAAGACGUUCGAUACGAGACCCGACCACUUCCUGAAAGCCUUGCCGGCCUCUCUGAGGAUGAGUUGAAAGUAAUGGAGCGCAAAAUCGUGCGCAAAGCCGAUUUCGUCAUCAUGCCUAUCAUCUGUACCCUCUACGUCCUGAACUAUAUCGAUAGGCAGAAUUUAUCGGCCGCCAAACUGCAAGGCAUCCUCACCGAUCUUAACAUGACCACACAGCAGUUCGCCACUGCUAUUGCCAUCCUCUUUGUUGGAUAUUUGCCCUUCCAGAUUCCUAGCAACCUUAUCGUCUCAAGUAUCCCCAGACCUGGUCUUUAUAUCUGCGGCGCUUGUAUCUUGUGGGGUACGAUCAGUGCUUGCACAGCUGCAGUUCACUCGUAUGCUACACUUUUGGUGGUCCGUGUCAUCUUGGGUAUGGCCGAGGCCGUUUUCUUCCCUGGUGUCAUCUAUCUUAUGAGCGCUUGGUACGUCAAGCGUGAAUUCGCGACUCGGAUUGGUAUCCUCUACAUCGGUCAACAGAUGGGCAAUGCCUUCGGCGGCCUGAUUGCUGCCGGUGUUCUUAAGCUAAACGGCGUACAUGGCAUCGCUGGUUGGCGAUGGCUUUUCAUUGUCGAGGGUGUUGCUACCAUCGGUAUCGGUGGUAUUUCUGCUCUCUUCCUUCCCGAGUUUCCUUACAAUGCUCGGAUGCUCAAGCCUAUUGAGCGUGACCUUGCAGUCUGGCGGAUCGAAAAGGAAGCCGGAGCUGGUGAGGGUAGUGAGGAUACGGGUACUUGGGCCGGCUUCCGUGCAGCCUUGAAAGACCCAAAGCGUACUGGCCGUAUCUAUCCGUUCAUUAUGGGCACUCUCGCCUUGUCGAUCCCUUGCUACAUCAUACCAAUGACGACAAGAAACACUGGUGGUCUUUAUACUGCCAUGAUGUUCAUGCCUUGGACCUCGGUUGGAUCCCAACUCCUCCUUUACAAGACCGUCAAUAACCAUAUGCCUCGUCCGGUCGCCAAGCGUGCCGCCGCUGUCGCUAUGCUUAACUCCAUCGGUGGUGUCUCCAAUAUCUGGUCGAGCUAUCUCUGGUACGCUGGACCGCAUUACUACGCUGCCUUCGGUGCACUCACCGCCGCUGCCAUCGUCUUCAUGAUUACUAUCACCGCGUACAAAUUCUACAUCAUCCGCCAAAACAAGCUUCUCGAUGGAACGCCUGAGCAAGUUGCCAAAGCCACUAGAUUCGGCAUCACUCAGGAGCAAGUCAAUAUGGGUUGGCGUUACGAGGGUUACUAG